UUCGAUUCCCUUGCACGAGCUACAAGUUGUCGACUGCGUCUUUAUUUUUGCGCCGACAUCGAUUAUACCCAAACCCCCGUACUCAACGACCUUGAAGUUUUCUAUAUUAUAGCGCACUUUCUAGGGAAUCUCUCAAGACGAAUUGGAACAUGGCUCCUCCUAAGGGGGGCUAUGCUCCUAACUUGGAUAAGUUUCUCGAUACCCUAAAGAGUCGCCCCGUGGAGGCUUCUGUGGAAUCGCUCAUAUCCCUCCUUAAGCGACGGCAGAUUCGAGGAUCUGAAGCAUGCGCCACUGCUACAGCACAUAUCCUUUUACAAGUUGUCGCCAGGGAUAAAUGGACCGAUGUCGAUCAACUCCUUGGGCGCAUUCAGUUGGUCGGUAGAAGACUUGUAACGGCGCAGCCCCACGAAUUGGUUAUAGGUAAUAUCGUGAAGAGAGUCUUGGGUCUGAUCCGUGACGAGGCAUCCGAAGAUAGGAACGAAACAGGGUUUGACACACCUCCCGACGCGACGCCAGCGUUACCACCCUCGAUCGAGCCCCCCCACUUCGAUAGGCCACUUCGGCUCCCCUCACUAGUCGCUCUCGGAUCCUUUGCUCGCACGCAGUCAAUGUUCAAUCUCCUAUCCGACCCAGACUUCACUCCGUCGCCUGGCUCCACGCCCAAACUUCCCUCGGGAGCCUCGACGCCUCAACGGCAUCCACAAUCAACCAAUGUGCAGGCACUCCGAUCUGAAGUCAUUGACGGAAUCGAAGAAAUAAUGGACGAGAUCAAGCAAGUAGAUGAACAGAUCCAAGCUUACGCCGAGAUUGUAAUUCACCCAGGUGACUACAUAUUAGUCCAUCAACCUUCGAGGACGGUCCAGAAAUUCUUGACUCGAGCCGCUUCUAAGAGAAGGUUUACGGUGUUUCUGGUUGUAGACCCGUCUACAGCAUCUGCUCCCGAAGAUCCCUAUGCCUCCUUCCGAAAGUCAUUAUCGUCUGGAGGAUCGUCGGUCGUUAAUGUCAUGAAUAUCGGCCUCACGGCUUACAUGUCCAGGGUGAAUAAAGUCAUCCUAGGAGCUCGGGCGAUUACCGGCAAAGGCGGAGUAUUUGUCGAGUCCGGUGCCGCGGUCAUUGCACGCGCCGCCCACGAGCAAAAGAGAACAGUGAUUAUCUUAGGCGGCGUUUACAAGCUUAGUCCUGAUAGUCGGUUCCAUCACGAGGGGUCUAUCGAAUGGGGCGACCCCUCCAAAUACAUCAACUUCGCAGACGGUACCAUGGUUGGACAAGUCAGAGUGAAAAAUGCCAUCGCCGAGUUCAUUCCCAGCGAUCUUGUCAACACAUACAUUACCAACUUGGGCGCACACUCCAAAGACCACUUGCACUCACUUAUCGCCGAUCACUACAAGGACGAAGACAUGAACUUUGAUCUUUCUAGAAAAGUUCAUCGAUGAUGUGUCUUAGGACAUGAAUGCCUGGUCCA